AUGAGCCUCUUAGUAUGGAACUGCCGAGGGCUUGGGAACCCUCGGUCAGUUAGGAUCCUUAGCAAACUGGUUAAGGAAAAGGGCCCACUCUUAGUUUUCCUCUUGGAAACUAAGUGCAGUAAACAAAGAAUGGAGGUAAUUAGGAGAAUUCUGAAGAUGGAUGGAUGUUUUGAUGUUGAAAGUAUUGGUAUGAGUGGAGGCAUUGCGUUGCUGUGGAAAGAAGAAUGGGACGUCCAAGUGGUCAGCUAUACCAGGUGGCAUGUCAGUGCAGUGGUUAAGGAAGAGAUCAAUGACAGAAGAUGGCAUUUUACUAGGUUUUAUGGCCAUCCCGAGACAGCUAAAAGGAAGAGCAGUUGGCAGCUACUUGAGAAGUUAAAGCCUCAAUCAUCAGUGGCUUGGCUAUGUGCAGGAGAUUUCAAUGAAGUGUUGCAUCAAAAGGAAAAGCAGGGAGCAUCCAGCAGACCAUAUAACCAAAUUGAAGCAUUUAGACAAGUUGUUGAGAAAUGUGGGCUAUAUGAUGUGCAUCACCUGGGACAAUUCUAUACAUGGUCAAACAACAGAAGGGAUGAGAACUUUACCAAGGAAAGAAUAGACAGGGCCAUGGCUAACAAGGAAUGGCAAGAACUCUUCAGAGGAGCAACAUGCACUGCACUAGCAGCAGUGAAAUCAGACCACUCCCCACUCUACAUAAGCAGACAGUCCCCAAACCAAUGUAGGAAAAGGUGGGUUCCAGGGUUUAGGUAUGAGGCUGCGUGGGAUCUACAUGAAGACUGUCCUACUGUAGUGGCAAAUGGGUGGAAUGGAACCAGACCAGCUGGCCUCUCAGGCUGCACAAUGAGGCAAAGAUUGGAAACAUGCCAAAGGGCACUACAGCAAUGGAGGAAAACAUCACAGCAGAAUAACCAUAAGCAUGUAGCUGAGACUCUACAAAGAAUAAGCCACCUUCAGAACAAUGGCACUGGAUCCCAUUUAACAGAAAUGCAACAACUUCAGAGGAGAGUGGAAUCAUCCCUGGCUGCAGAAGAUAUGAAGUGGCGUCAGAGGGCAAAACAACACUGGCUAAGACAUGGUGACAGGAAUACCCACUUUUUCCAUCAGCAGGCUUCUCAGAGAAGAAGAACCAACACAGUCAGAAGCAUUGAGGACCAACAAGGGCUAGCAAUUGCUAACCAGGCAGGCAUAGGUGAAGUUUUCACAGGUUAUUUCUCCACACUAUUUUCCACCUCUUGCCCCAUUGGUUUUGAUGAAUGCUUGCAUGGCUUGGAGUCAAAAUUGACAGGAGAUAUGAAGUCCUGGCUCUCUAAACCUUUCACCCGAGAGGAAGUACAAAAUGCUGUGUUUCAGAUGAAUCCUUUAGGUUCACCUGGACCUGAUGGAUUUCCAGCUCAUUUUUACCAAAAACAUUGGGAAGUGAUGGGGGAGGAAGUAGGCUGUUAUGUACUCGAAGUCCUAAACUGUAGUAGGUCCCUCUAA